GGAAAGCCCCCAAGGCUCAAGGCUGCUGGGACGACAUUGCAUCCAGGCGACGCAAGCACUGGCUUCCACGAUAUAAGGCCCUUGGAAGCCCCUUUGGCAUCAGGCCAGCUCUGUCCUACCGCCAUCACCAAAUCCCCUAUCACGAUCUAAUUCAACGCUUUGCAUCUGUAGUCUUCAUGAUGCACUCUAUCACGACUUGGGCAUCAGCUCUGCUGCUCCCUCUGGCAGCCACCACAGCUGCCGCUGCCGCAUUGCCCCGCGCCGACGGCAUUGUCUGGGGCGAGUGCCACAUCGAGGAGGACACCUCCAGCCUGCCCGUGCCCGUGCAGUGCGGCAAGCUCACUGUUCCGCUGGAUUGGUCCGGAAAAACCACCGACAAGACGAUUGAUAUCGAGCUGAUCAAGUGGCCGGCCGCAACACAGCCUGCGCCCAAAGGCAGCAUCCUGCUCAAUUUCGGAGGCCCCGGGGGUGACGGUCUCAACAACUUCGUCUCUUACGCCCCCUUGCAGGCACCGAUAAUUGGCGACGAGCACGACAUCAUCAGCUGGGAUCCUCGGGGCACCCGCAAUGCCAUCCCCGUCAUUUGCUACAACAACACGGCAACAAAUGCCGAGCUGACGACAUACCUUUCAGACUGGUACAACGCCUCCGAUACUACGCCCUCCCAUCUCUGGACGGAAGCCACUGUGCUGUCCGAGUUAUGUCAGAACGCGCUACAAGAAGUUGGUCCUUACGUCGGCAUGGCCUCGGUGGCACGGGACAUCAUCGCGAUUGUUGACGCUCUCGGCGAGGAUGGGCUGCUGAGAUACUGGGGCAUCUCGGGCGGCACCUCUAUGGGCGCCACGGUGGCGGCUAUGUUCCCGGACCGUGUGGACAAGGUCAUCCUCGACGGAGUCAUGAAUGCACACCAGUACUACAACUCUCCAGUGGAGACUGAAUUCAUCUCGAGCGCAGACGACGUUCUCCGUGGCAUCUUCAACGCCUGCAUCGAGGCGGGUGUCGAAAAGUGCCCGCUGGCCAGCCACGCAAAGACUUGCGGAGGCCUCGAGGAGAAAAUGGACCAGCUCGUCUACGAACUCAAGUACAACCCUAUCCCCUUCGCCUCUGCAGCUCUGGGCAGUGGUGGCAUUGUCGACUACAGCAUUCUUUUCAACUGGCUCUUCUCAAAGCUCUACGUCCCCAAGAGUUACGCAACCGUUGCCAAGGUGCUCGAAGGACUCUUCCGCCGCGACGCCACUGCUCUGGUGGAGGCAGCCCUGAUCGAGGCUGGCGCCUCCACACCUGCCGCAGGUCCCAUUAUUCGCGCCGUAUGGGGCAUCCGGUGCGGCGACAAAAGGCCCCGCGCCGACUCCAAGGAGGAACUGGAGCCAUACGUCGACCAGCUCGAGGCGAACAGCAGGUGGUUCGCCCACUUUGGCCUCGCGAGCAACGCGUACCUUUGCGCUCAGUGGCCGUUUGAGGCCGUGGAGCGUUACGAGGGCGAUUUCACGGGAGUCAAGACCAAGAACCCCGUCUUGUUCAUUGGCAACACGUACGACCCGGUCACGCCGCUCGUCUCGGCGAGAAACAUGAGCUCUGGCUUUGAAGGGAGUGUGCUGCUGCAGCAUGAUAGCUACGGGCAUGUCUCGUUCACGACGCAGAAGUCGAACUGCACCGAAGCGGCUAUUAGUGCGUACCUGAAUGAGGGCAAGUUGCCGGCUGAAGGCACUGUCUGCAAGCCCAACUUGCCGAUUGUCAACUACGUGACAGGAGAGAUCUAGAGCGGCAGACGACGAGGUGGCUCAGAUCGACAUUGGAAUAAUUGACAUCGCAUUUCCUUUUCGCAUUCAUAAUAUCUAGCAUGCAUUCUCUUACUUUCCACGUGUAGAGUCAGAGGAAUCCUUUUGUGAUGGAGGAUGUGCUGUUGUCCCCGCGGGGUUUAGCGGCUUUUGAAAGAGGCUUAGCGUGAUUCACGGUCAUCCUCCAACUGAAAAUGGCCCAAGGAUGCAAAGCAGUAUGUGAAUGGGCGUUACAGGCAGCUAGAGUUUUGUAUUAUAUGCGGUUGCGUUCAUGAAGAUGAUAAGGAUCGGCUCGACAGGCACCUUGAGAAACGGAAACGUAGAGAGAAGGAAUUCAAAGAUCCCUCAGGAG